CAAACUUCAUAACCAUGGCUUUCAUAUUCCGGCGCUGGCAGGGCACAGAAUGGUUUCGGCAUGCAACAACUUUUAGGAGAGCCGCCAUGCAGUUAUCAAAGCCACCACCCAUCUAUGAGACUCCGCUCUCCCUCCUAUGGAUGAUUAAUUUUAGCGUAUUUUGGUUCGUUGCUCAUGAUAGUGGAGGUUAUGCCCUGGAAGAGACACGGCGGCGAGUUGGACAGACAGGGCAUGACAGAGAGGUACAUUCACAGCGCAGAGCCGAGACAGAGAACGCAGGAAGAGGAGGUGAGGAAUUGACGAGAGAACGGACAAGAAUCAUGAACACGUGCAGUGCUAUCCAAAUUCUAGUGGUCCAUGAAUCAGUAGCAUUCAUCCCAUAG